AUGGAAGAAGAGAAAUGGCUAAAGCGUUGGGUUAAGAUUGGAAUAGCUGGAAUUAGUCUGGGUUUAGUACUGGUAAGGGCUGCAGCCGAUCUAGGCCAAGGUCAGCCCGGCGAGCAGUUAAUGAAAACCAAUGAAGCUGCUUAUAAGCUUGUUGCCGGUGCGGCCGAGGAGCAGUGGGGCGUAAUUAAUCUGAUUACCUUUAUACUGCGCAAAGAAGACAACUCAACCAUUGCCCAUAAGGCGGCUGUUAUUUGGCCAAAGGAGAACCAGGAAGUUCUAGAGUGCAAAAUAACAGGGCCUGGUGGCAACGGUACAGCUGAGAAAGACCAAAAGUACAACCUGUUCUACAGCAACACUCGUGAACAUGAUAAUGAAGCCCCCAAUAUAGAACUUCUAGUGCGCAUGAAUAAAGACAAUCAAAGAACAGUUAUCAAACGAAUUGAAGGGGCGAAAGUGAUUGGCAGUGCCGGGGCAGUUAAGGCAUACGUAGUGUUUAUUGCUGAUCGAGAACGUCUAGGUGGAAAGUAA